AUGAGAAUAGCAGGCGGAGCCAGGUUCGAUGGUUCGCCAUGGAACCACCUCAAAAUGGUGUUGGGCAUUGGAUUCGGAUGCAGUAUAGGUGUCAGAUUUUUGGUUCUGGUUCUUUUUCUCAUUUUAGCCAUGGCUGCUCAUUCAAGUGCAACUUGGUGCAUUUGCAAGGAGGGAUUGAGUGAUCAAGCCUUGCAAAAAGCACUGGAUUAUGCAUGUGGUGCAGGGGCUGAUUGCAAUCCCACCCACCAAAAUGGACCUUGUUUCAACCCAAAUACUGUGAGGGCUCACUGCAACUAUGCUGUCAACAGUUAUUUCCAAAAGAAAGGCCAAACCCCAACAGCCUGUGAUUUUUCAGGCACUGCCUACACAGUCACAUCUGAUCCCAGCUCAUCUGGCUGUUCUUACCCUGCAAGUGCAAGCGGUGCCACCACGCCAGUAUCAACCACAACUAAUACACCUUCCACCAGCCUGCCCAGUGGCGGUUCGCCUGUUGUGACAACUCCUUCCACUGGCAUACUAGGUGGCGGUAGCAAUGGCUUGGGUCCUUCAGGCAUCAACACUGACAUGAGUGAUGCUGGGAUUUUACUACCAAAAAACAUCCUCUUCCCCUCCAUUAUCCUUGUGUUUUCGGUACUUGUUUACUGGUGGGCUUAA